AUGCCGUACCCGUCCUACGACGCACCUGCACCGGCUCCUCUCGCUCGGCUCUCUCUCGAAGCUAUGGAAGACGCGAUCCUGCGCGAGAUUGGCGUCCUCACGACCGAGCAAGCCAUGCUUGACUACCGCAAGCUGGACCGGGCGGACCCGAGCGACUCUAUGGACGUGGUGGACGUCGCUGCCGCUCGAGUCGCACAGCGUACGGGAUGGGAUAUCUCGGAGGUACGCGCGAGCAACCGGCAUAACCUGCACGGGCGGAUACGGCUCACUCGGCGCUGGGCUCAUCAUGGUCAAGCUGUCUCGGCGUCCGAGGCGGAGAGACGGCCCCCGCUGAGCACCCACGAGGAAUGCCUGCGCGUCUUUCGGAGAUUGAGGGGAGAAGAGAGGGCGGAUCGGGACGGUCAGCAACAGGUCCAGCCAUACUAUCCGGCACGCGAGCUUCGUCAGUACUACGGCGGGGACCCUUCUCGACCGGCGAAUCAACCACAGCCGGCCGCCUCAAACGGUCUCAGCUGGUCCAACAACGUCCCGCUCCCCCUCCAUCAAGAUCACCGGUACCCUUAUCGCCCUCUUCCUGGUAUACCAGCUCACUCCCCUCCUUAUUCGGCUCCUCUACACGCACACCAGCGCCCUCGAGUCCCAACGGCGGAUCUACGAGCAUCUUUCCAGUCCCAGCCGCGCGCGUCGGGCUCAGGCGGUCCUCCCCCUCCAUCACCAUCCCCCUCGCCGUCCUUUGUCGAGCUGCCAUCUCGGCCGGGUCAGUACCAGAGGAGCUAUGAGGGGUAUGGCUCAGGCAAGCGGGGGAGGGAGGAGGAGUAUGGGUAUCAAGAGGAGGACGAGCGGCGGGUCAGGAGUAGGAGGGAGUGA